AUGGAUUUGAUGAUUAGUCUUGUGAUUGUUGCGAUGGAGAUUUCUCAACCUCUGAAAUUGUUUAUAUUUCUUGGAUUUUUCAUCCUUCUUGGAUUCUCUUAUGCUAAACGAAUUAAAACAGUCUCUUCAAUCGUUUGUUCAGGAUCAAAUAAAACUUGGGUGUUGUCGGAAUGUUAUGUUAAACCGGUCUCUAAGCAUCAAUCAGGAUUCAACAUUGUUCUGGACAUGAACAAAAAAGUCGAUAAAAUUAUGGUUUAUUAUGAUUUCUGCGUUAAAUUAGGAAAAGGUUUUCGAACAAUUGUGAAAGGUGAUAACGUAGAAAUUUGUAGGUUCUUUAAUGGAACUAAUGUUGGUCUGAUGAAGUAUGCAAUGAGUAUGUUAGAAAAUUUUCCGGCAAAAGCACUAGCACCAUGUCCAAAAGAAGGUCAUCUUGAAUUUUUGAACAUCACGAUUGGUAAACCAGGUGAUAAGAAAAUGGCUCCCACAACUAAUUACAGUCUUUUCUUGCGAUUGCAUAAUGAAAAUGAUGAUAAUUUGGGUUCGAUCAAACUUUUCAUUGAUGUUUUGAGUGUUAGGGAUUAA